UGCGGCCGAGGGGAGGGGCGGACAGGGCGGGAGGCGUCAGCGGCGCGUAGCACCUUUGCAAAAGCAGCCAGAGCGGCGAGAGGCGGCCGAGUGACUUCGGCAAGGAAGCUCGCCGGCGACCCAGGAAGUCGCCGCCGCCGCCCCAGGACCCGAGAAGCGCUUUCUUUUACGCGCCGCGCCAGGCGCGCCACUCCUCGCGUGGAGCCUCUUUGAGGAGGAGCUGCUGCUGCUGCUAUUGCCGCUGAAUCCACCAGUCCGCCUGCCCUGUUUGUGUUCGCGAUGGCCGGAUGAUCGCUCGGCACCAGCCCGCCACGCCGCGCACCAUGGCAGCGAAGGAAGACCUGUAUAGCAAAGUCACCCCCCGGAGGAACAGGCAGCCGCGCACGGGGACCAUCAAACACGGCUCUUCCCUGGAUAUCCUCCUCUCCAUGGGUUUUCCCAAAGCCAGAGCGCAGAAAGCUCUGGCGUCUACAGGAGGCCGAAGCGUCCAGGCGGCUUGUGACUGGCUGUUUUCGCACGUAUGCGACCCCUUUCUCGAUGACCCCCUGCCUCGGGAGUACGUCCUCUACCUGCGUCCCACCGGCCCCUUAGCGCAGAAGCUCUCCGACUUCUGGCAGCAGUCAAAGCAGCUGUGCGGGAAGAACAAAGCUCACAAUAUCUUCCCCCACAUCACGCUCUGCCAGUUCUUUAUGUGCGAAGACAGCAAAGUCGAGGCACUCUGUGAAGCUCUCCAUGCUACUGUGACCCGGUGGCGGUGCAAGUUCCCCGUUCCUUUACCCCUGGAGCUCUACACCUCGUCCAACUUCAUUGGGCUCUUUGUCAAGGAGGACAGCGCCGAGGUCCUCAAGAAAUUUGCCGCAGACUUUGCUAUGGAAGCCACUUCUAAAGCCGAUGUCCAUGUGGAACCCCACAAGAAGCAGCUCCACGUCACCCUGGCCUAUCACUUCCAAGCCAGCCACUUGCCGACGCUCGAGAAGUUAGCUCAGAGCAUAGACGUCAAGCUGGGCUGCGACUGGGUGGCCGCCAUAUUCUCCCGGGAUAUUAGAUUUGCCAAUCACGAGACCCUCCAGGUGAUCUACCCAUACACCCCGCAGAACGAUGACGAGCUGGAGCUCGUCCCAGGGGACUUCAUCUUCAUGUCUCCCGUGGAGCAAGUCACCACCAGCGAAGGCUGGAUUUAUGGCACUUCGUUGGCGACAGGGUGUUCUGGGCUGCUGCCUGAGAAUUACAUCACCAAAGCAGACGAGUGCGGCACAUGGGUGUUCCAUGGGUCAUAUUCCAUUCUGAACGCCACUUCGUCCCCCUCCCUCCUGAUGUUCACUGAUGGAGUGAUGGAUCGAAGGUUGCAGGAAGACCAAGGACCAGGGGAUACUGGGCCCCUCACAAUCUUUUGCCAGAGUAUGCAGCCCUUAAGGAUCGCCAACCCACCUGGGCCACAGAAGAGGUGCCUUUUCGUUUGCCGACAUGGCGAAAGGAUGGACGUUGUGUUUGGAAAAUACUGGCUCUCACAGUGUUUUGAUGCCAAAGGAAGGUACAUGCGGACAAACCUGAAUAUGCCUCACAGCCUACCUCAACGGAGUGGUGGUUUCAGGGAUUAUGAAAAGGAUGCCCCCAUCACCGUGUUUGGCUGCACUCAAGCACGGCUUGUGGGUGAGGCCCUCCUUGAAAGUAACACAGUUAUCCACCACAUCUACUGUUCCCCAUCACUGCGCUGCGUACAGACUGCACACUAUAUUUUGAAAGGCUUGCAGCAGGAAAAUAAUCUGAAGAUUCGUGUAGAGCCGGGCUUAUUCGAGUGGACGAAAUGGGUCGCUGGGAGCUCCCUGCCUGCCUGGAUACCUCCAGUGGACUUAGCUGCAGCCAGUUUGAGUGUGGAUACAACUUAUAGACCUCAUAUACCGGUGAGCAAAUUAGGCAUUUCAGAGUCAUACGAUACAUACAUCAGCAGAAGCUACCAAGUAACAAAAGAGAUCCUAAGUGAAUGCAAAGCCAAAGGGAAUAACAUUUUGAUAGUGGCCCAUGCAUCCUCCCUGGAAGCUUGUACUUGCCAACUGCAAGGACUGUCUCCUCAGAAUUCCAAGGACUUUGUGCAGAUGGUCAGAAAGAUUCCAUACUUGGGGUUCUGUUGCUGUGAAGAACUUGGAGAGACGGGUCUCUGGCAACUUACUGAUCCACCCAUCCUCCCUCUCACUCAUGGACCAACCGGCGGCUUUAACUGGAGAGAAACUUUGCUACAAGAAUAAGGAAGGGUGACCAACCAGCUGGCCUUUCAAAAGACUGGAGAACGUCUCGUGUAUUGGAACUCUUCUCCCUCUCCCCCUUCUAAUUACUGAUGGUGGAGAAAAUUAUUCAUAACCUUUUAGAUGGAUUUUUAAAAAUAGCACUCUAGCAUAUCUUCCACAGAGUGGCAUUCAUGCGUCUAGAAAAAUAGCUCAAUAUAGACGUAUGCUUGGAUUGUGGAACAAUAUAUGUGUACUCAAACACUCUCUCGUUCUCUCUUCAGGCUUCUGUCCAGCAGAAAUGUCUUUGUGACGUAAGCUACUGAGCUUUAAUAUAUAAUUUUUUUUAAAAAAAUGAAUUAAGCUCCAGGGAGGAGAACCAGUUUUCACUGCCUUCUGUAUAACAUUAGUGACAAUUUGGACUGUGUUCUAAAUGGUGGACUUUUUGUUCGUUAGACUUUUAAUUUUUCACAGGAUUGACCUUUGCCGUUUCAUUCCAAGCCAUUUCGGGUAAAGUACACCCCCCACACCGUAUUGUAUUAUAUGUGCCACAUCUACAUUCCACAGGAUCCCCCCAAAAAAAAACAUGUGACAGAAGAAAGUGGAAUGGCUCCCCCAAUCAGAACUAGUGUAGAAUUAUGCGCCUCAGGGGUUUUGGUUUUUUGUGUUUGUUUGGUUUUUUUUUAAAAAAAAAAGUGCAGUUGAAUGAAAAAUGUGUAGUUGGAAAGCUGAUGAUGUGUACUUGGAAAAUGGGGUGAAAGCGGGACAGAUUAGGUGUAUGUGUUUCUUAAGCCUUUAAAUGACAGGCGCUGUCAAGGAAAGUGUGUGCACAAAUUACUUAAGGGUAGAAUGUGCUCAGUUUCUGUUCUUAAACUGCCCAAACACAUUACAACACCUUCUUCAUUUGGGCCAGAAGCUCCUCUACUUCAUCUUCGGGCAGGUAACACUUUGUUGUAAAUGCCCUUAAGGUACUCCUGGUUUUGCACCUUAGGCCCGGCUUGUACCCUAUGUUCCUCCUCCUCCCCCCAAUGCAAAAUAACUAGUCUGGUGUCCCACUCAGCCAACGCUGGCUUAUUAUAAUGCAUGUAGGUAUAAGUUUUCUUUUUCCACAGAUGGUCAGGCCCUGCUUUUCCUUUUGAGCACAGCACUUGCACAUACAAGCCCCUCAACAUUGGCAUUAUGAGAUCUGGCAGGCGAGGAUCAGAGCAGCACUCUUGUAAUUUGGCAACCCUGCAGAGAAUUUGACCUUGUCCCUCAAAGCCUUGGAGAGCAUGCUCUCCACACACUUCAUGUCCAAUAUCGAAUCGGCGAAAAUAGUUUUGCUUUUUGCUUUCUUGGAGGAAAGCUAUACACCAUUUCCCUUCCCCCAUCCAUCCCCAACACAAGAACUUCAGGUGGUUGUGAGAGGCUGAGGAGAUCCAUUUAGUGAGCAAGUCCAGAGAACUACUAAUUUAUUGAUUGGUUUUGGCUCGGCUCACUAAACCCCUCCAUCUCCUAAUCAGAUCAUUCAGAUUGGCCAGACCAGUCAUAGGACUGGACUGAGUCUGAAAUGGACCAUCCAGAAACCCUCGGAAAAAGCUUCAUUGACUGGCAACUUGAUUCUGCAGACAAUACAAAAUAUUCUGGCAGAGGGGGCCAAGUGGACCAUCCUGCCAUUUGCAGAGUCCCCUGAACACAGCUGCCAAUUUGACUCUGCUUUUAAUCCACUGCGUUGCCUGGCUUGAAGGAGCAACUUCUGCAGAGUUUAUGGAUUCUCCAUUGUAGAAUUCAUGUUAAAGGCCCAAACACCAGUAGAUAUUGUUUGAAGGUGUGUGUGUUUUUCUGACAAUCUGUAGAUCAGUAUACAUUUCAGUAGAUCUGCUGAGAUUUCAGCAGACCUGAAAAUAUCAGAAUAGAUUCAGAAACCUGUGUGGAGAAACCACCACUGAUACAGGGUGACCGCAAGGAGCCAAGCUCGUUUUUUGUGCUCGCUUUUUUAACCUGGGGUGUCUGACGAGGAAUUUGUGCAAUUAGAGGAUCUGCUUUUAAAAAACAACAACCCAUAGCAUAGCUAGUUUACUGCCACCAUUGGAUAUUUCAGAUAUUUUUGAAAUGAGCCCAAAUGGGUCUUGGUUCUUGGACAGAAUUGUUAUGAGGAAGGGCUCAUUCACACAUCGCUUUGGUCUCCCAGUACUUGAUAACUCUCAACGAGGUGGCCUUCUGUUUUGAGCAUCGUGUUUAGAGGUCAUAUGGAAGUUUCAUAUGUGGUGUUUGAACCUUGAUGGCAUUCUCACACAGGCAAAGCGUCUCUUGUGACAAACAUGCAUUCUCAGCAGUGCCGCCCAAAGAUGCCCCCAAUGACUCUGACAACUUCCCAUGUUUACAGAUUAUUUCCAUGUUUCCUUAUCUUUUGUAUGACGACCAGCCCCUUGGACAAGGGCUGUUAAGGGCAUGUCUCUCGACCAUUUGUGUUUUUACUCCCAAUAUGACGAUUCCUUUCUGUAACAGGCCCAAAUCCAAAUGCCACACCAUUCCAGAAAAGCCACCUUUCUGACUCGUGCAGCCAAAAAAAAAAAAGUAGAAACGCAUGACCCCUUCCAAAAAAGGAGAGAGAGGACAAAAGGGGGCACUGAUUUGCAUAAUCUUUGCAUCUGUUUAUUUAUAUGUAUAGACGCACAUUGAUAAAUGAUCACUGUAAUAGAAAUUGAAAUGAAGUACAUCUCACCAUGGUGGGGAAGACUGUGACCAGGGGAUCUGGGUGCCUCCUCCAUCUGCUGCCCUGGUGCUAUCAGUAAAUGGGCAACUUCAAGGCCCCUCAGCUGCUCUCCCUUCUUAGCAUUUCUUUAUCAUUAAACUGGAUAUGGGCCGGACAGCCCUUCAAACAGAAGACUACGCUCUGUAAAGUAGGGACACAGGGCCACCCUAGCAGACAACCAGUUUUUAAAGUAAUGACCGCUAUUAGCUGAGAGUUUGUUGUUAUCAUUAUUGCUCAGGGCACACUCUCACAUUGCCAUAGCCUAUAUUUUUGUGAAGUUUGCACUCCCAAAUUUGCUGUGUAAGAAAACACUCUUGGCAAGUAAGCUCUGUCUUCAAAAGGACCACUGGGGUGCUUUAGUCAGGUCAGCAAAUCACGUUUAUCUGAGUUAGUCAUUGGUUUCAUCAGAUGUACCCUAGCAAAUGAGGAAGAGGGAGCUGUAGUGUGCAUGUCGUCAAGCCCAGUGUCACAACUUGGCACCCCUGGGCAGCUUCUGGGGGCCCAGUGCCCCACAAGGCCCACUACUGACACCUGCCAUGGGAAACCAUUACAGCUUUUUUUGCUCAGUUCCAGGCCACCAUUUUUAUGUCCCACAAUGUUCCCAUUGUAGAAGCAUUCCAAGGCAUUAUGGGAAAUUAAAAUGGUGGCUUCCAGACACCCAGUAGGAAGUACAUAGGAAAAAACUGAGUAACAACUUCGGAUAAUGAAAGCUCUGUUUGUCCAAUGCUACCUGGAGUAUUACCCUGAAGUGAAGGAUGUGUCAUUGAGAUUUGUUGACCAAAUUAUUUCUUUGAGGAACCAUUAAUGUCAUUGAAAACCUUCUUUGAUGGAGGUGGCUCAAGGCAAUGGUGGAGAACCUGUAGGGCUCCAGAAGCUUUAGACUGCAUCUUGCUUCAUCCCUGAGCCCCAAGAUCUCCAUUCCUAUGAUAAUCUAAAGCAGACUUUCCCAACCUGGUAUGGUCUUGGACAGGCAUCCCCAAACUGCGGCCCUCCAGAUGUUUUGGCCUACAACUCCCAUGAUCCCUAGCUAAUAGGACCGGUGGUGAGGGAUCAUGGGAAUUGUAGUCCAAAACAUCUGGAGGGCCAAAGUUUGGGGGUGCCUGGUCUUGGAGCACAGUUCUCAUUAGCUCUGCCCAACACAGCCAGUGCUCAGGAAAGAUGGAAGUUAUAGUCAGUCAUACCUCCCAUCCGAAAGGCCACAGGUCCCCCUACAUUUGCUGGUCUUCUUUAACAAGGCUGUUUGCUCUCUUUCAUUUCCUCAGCUUGCCACCCAUGCAUACUUGCUUUAAAAAAAAACAAAAAACACCCUCCAUGUAUACUGAUUGGGUGAUCUGAAUGAGUGGCAGACCAAUCAGCCAACAGCUUUGCCACACAGCCAGCUUCAGCUGGGAUUAAUUCAAGUUGCAUUUGAUCUUACAUACAGGACAGAAUCCGCUCCCAUAGGGAGCUUUUUCAAAGAGUGAACAGAAGGCGCUAAACUAGAGUUGGCAGAAUGCUGUUUGAGUGCAAUAUGUAUAUUUCCUUAACUCGCAACGUGUACAUUUGACAUGUAAAAUGCCACAGGACAUUCUCAAAUGCAUUAUUUUUACCAGGGAUGUAUAGUGAAAAGUCGGGGAGAUAAAAGUUACACGACAGCAGGGAAGCAAACUGUGUUGUUUGCAGUUGUUAUUAGCUGCUGGUAUUUUUGGAAAUACAUAUAUAUAUCUAUCUAUAUAUGCAUAUGUAAUUUAAACUAUUUUUUGGCUAUGUACAGACAUUCUGAGGAUGAAUUGGUUUGCGGCUUCUUCAGAUCUGCUUUCUGAGGAAGAGUUUUAAUGAACUGAAUGACAAUCAUGACCAAAAUGUUGGUUACUGGUAUAUAUUUAAUUCUGGGGGCAGGAUAGCUUGCCAGGGUGGGACAGUUGUUGUUCUUUGCACUGAUGGCUUGCGAGUCGUUAACUCUUUAUUAUGUACUGUACAAAAGUAUGUUUGAACAGCAUACAAUGGUCAAAAAUGCAUCAGGAUGCUGCCACGAAUGGAACAUUUUGUUCCCUGGUCCUGCUGGAAUGUUAUUGAAAACAUCAGACGAGACCCAUUCCCUGUGGAAUGACUGGAUCAGUGCACAUUUUUGCUCUCUUGGCUAUUUAGGUUGCAGUCCUAUGCACACUUAACUUGGGAGUUGGCACCUCUGAAAAUCAUAGGAUUUACUUCUGGGGAAAGCAUGCUGAAGAGUGUGUAUUUUUAAAAUCCAAUUUUAUUCCAGAAAAUGGACAGUGAGGGAGGAAGAUGAUUGUACAAAAGUAUAUUUUUGGAUGUUAAAUAUGUUUCUUUUCCUUCUCAGAUGUUGGGUUUCUAAAAAAAAUUAUAACGCCCAUACCACUGGCACUUCCAGUAUUUUCAGAGUGGAGAAAGAUUUUGCAUUAGAAGAAUUGGUGCUAAUAAGGCAACACACUUCCAAUUAUAGAAGCGCUUUACAAUACCAAGGGAAAACCUUUUGCCUCCUCCACAAGAUUUCAUUAGGAUGCUUUUUUUAAAAAACCAAGAAGAGGGAAAAUUGCUGCUUAUGUUUUGUGUUACAGCUCAUCUUCCAUGUUUUUGUCACUAGAAAAUUAUUGAUUUCGAUAAUAAUAAAAAGUAUUCCGUCUGAGUUUCUCACAAUCACAAAGCUUGAAAGUGUUGAAUCAUGCCCGUUUCUUCCGCAAAAGUGUUGUGUUCUCCCACCAAAUUUCUGUUUUGGAGCAGGUGGCAGGAAGAUUGCAGAAAAGGGGGUGGGUGUGUUGACAAAAGGGGAGCAGAACCUUCCCUGCAAGGAAAAGUAGAAGCACUGGAAGCCUUCCAAUUUAGAGAAAUGUCAGAGGUGGUGUGCCUCAGAAUGUCAUUUGCCUGGGAAUCACAAGUGGGGAGAGUUCUUUGCAUUCAGACACUUCUUUCAGCCUUCCCAUAUGGGGUCUGGUUGACUCCUGUGAGAACAGGAUGCUGGACAAGAUUAACCUUUGUCCUGAUCUAAGAGGGCUGUUCUUUUAUGUUCUUAAAAGUAAGGGGGGCUUGAUAAAUUUUUGUGGAACAGAUGGAAGUGCAAGACACAGAGACAUUCUUCAUUCUUUACUGGAGUGUAAAGCCCCUUUGAGCUCAGUAGGACUUUACUUCUGUGUAAACAUGUUCAGGAUUUUGCUGUGAGUCCGCCAAUAGUGUUGACUGGCAGCAGGAUCAAGACAGGCAGGGCAUUAAUCAUUUAUACACCUGACGUUUCAUAUCCUACCUUUCCUCCCAGCAGCUCAAAGUGGUGUGCAUGGUUCUGUUCCUCCCCAUUUUUAUCCCCACAACAACCCUGUGAGGUAGACUAGAGUUGGUGACUGGCCAAAGUCACCAAGAGAGUUUCAUGGCUGGGUGGAGAUUGGACCUCUGCUCUGGCAGGUCUUAGUCUGACACUAACCACUACACCACACUGUCUCUCCAGUGUAUUUCAUUGCAUAACUUGGGAUGGCCAAAUGCAUCUAUUACUUCCCAUUUCUCUUGGUUUCCCUUUUUCUCCUGUCUUGUUUGUCACAUUUCUGCAGCAUUCUGCAUUUAGAAAAAUAAUAAUGAAAAUUUGUAAUCAGGAUAGUAUGCAUUUCUUUCCAUACACAGUUUUAUCUACUACACAUUUUACAAGCCAUUUUGUAUGAUUUUUUUUGUGUGUGUGUUAUUUUCAUGAACAUGCAUUUUGCUCACCCUUUUUGGCUGAGGAACUGCAUCACGAAAUUUGGAGAAGCGUGGGUUUCAAAGGAUGGUGCUUUUUUUCGAUUCACAUGUUAUUUCAGGAAGUGCAAACAAGAGGGGUUCCUGUGAAA